AUGCAACACUGUGGUUUCCUUUGUGUCUUGAUAGUUACAUUUCUUGUCGCUAUAUCGAAUGCCUUCUCAACUGCACCAAUAGCGUACAAAUGCCAAAGGCACACUGACGUGUCCGUCAUUUCCCGAACGCCUCUCAAGGUUGAUUCAUCCAGCUUUGUGCUUCGUUCAUCCUUUUUCGAUAGCUUUGAGGAUUUUAAAGACGAAGAUGAUGACGACGAAGAUGAGGAUGAUGAGGACGACGAAGACGAAUACUCUGAUAUGGAUCAGCAGUCAAUUGCAGCGUUCCGAUCAAAGAUGGGAAGCUUGUUUGGAGACGAAGGAUCCGAAGAUGAAUCUUCAUCGGUAGACGAACUCAUCAACUAUGCUCGCAGCCAAAGUGAAGGUGACAAGAAAGAAGAACUAGUUAAAGAUUGGGCAACUCCUGCCAAGACUAUCAAACCAGGUGUCGUUCUCUUGGCCAAUCCAGAUGCCUUUUGUGAAUUGCCAGACACUUCAAAAACCUCUGUCUCUCCAGAUCCAUCAUUACUUUCAAAGUAUGGGCUUGUACGACCACCUCCUCGAGAUCUUGGUCCUGAUCGACAAGCAGAUCUACUUCCAGUCAUUGUGGUAGUCGAACAAGACCAAUUCACAACUAAAGGUGUUUUGCUGAAUCGACGUACAGGAUACCUGUUGGGGGAUUUGGAGCAACCUGACCCCAAGGUUGGAGAAUCGAUGCAAAUACUUGAAAAAUUCUGCAUUCAACCACUCUGGUUUGGUGGUACGGAUAAUUCUUCCUCUGGAUUAGACAUGCUUCAUCGAUGCGAAACAGUUCACGAAGCAACAAAGAUUACCGAAGACGGAAUGUAUUGGGGAGGUGAUCCGGCGCAAGCUCAGGAAGCCAUGGAAGAUCCAAGUUUGGGAAGAAUUGUCACAGGAUUCGACUUUAAGUUUUUUGUUCAAAACACACAGUGGUUGACAAAGUCGUUGGAGCAGCAAUAUGAAGAAGGCAUCUGGAUUCCAUCCGAGGUAUCUGCAGAGGUUUUGUUCAAGAGCAGAGACAGAAUGGGAACCCAAAAAGCUAAACCGCUGUGGACCGAAGUUAUGGAGCUCAUGGGAGGAGAGUAUCAAGAUAUGAAGGACACGUUCUACCAUGGGGACAGUGACUAA